UAUUUAGUUUAGCCGUGAGUGUUGGAGAUGUCAGGAAUAGACACGGUUGGUGCAUAAAGCCUGUGCCUUCCCUCGUGACACUCCUGAGAAGCAGAGAGCGAAGGAAGAGCACCAUUCUUUCUCCUCCCCUCAUAUCUAGGACACCGGCCUCCUUUAGACAUGUCCAAGGAUCUCCAUCCGACCAUGGACCCCACGAAAAUGGGCCUCGGCCGGUCCAUCGCCGUGCUGACAUCAGGAGGAGACGCUCAAGGUAUGAACGCCGCUGUGAGGGCUACRGUCAGAGUUGGUCUCUACACCGGAGCCAAAGUCUACUUUGUUCACGAGGGCUACCAGGGCCUGGUGGAUGGAGGGGACAACAUACGUCCCGCCACCUGGGAGAGUGUGUCAAUGAUGCUGCAGCUGGGYGGCACUGUCAUUGGCAGCGCUCGCUGCAAAGACUUCAGGAGUAGGGAGGGUCGUACGAAAGCAGCCUGUAACCUGGUGAAGCUYGGGAUCACCAACCUGUGUGUGAUUGGAGGUGACGGCAGUCUGACCGGAGCCAACGAGUUUAGGACCGAGUGGAGCGGCCUGUUGGUUGACCUGGUUCGAACGGGUAAGAUCACACAAGAAGAAGCCAAGAAAUCAUCCCAUCUGAACAUUGUUGGCAUGGUCGGCUCCAUCGACAACGAUUUCUGUGGCACCGACAUGACCAUAGGCACAGACUCYGCCCUGCACCGCAUCAUUGAGGUGCUGGACGCCAUAACUACAACUGCACAGAGCCACCAGAGGACUUUCAUACUGGAGGUGAUGGGCCGGCACUGUGGGUACCUGGCCCUGGUGACAGCCCUGGCCUGUGGUGCUGACUGGGUUUUCAUUCCCGAGAUGCCCCCAGAUGAAGGCUGGGAAGAUCACUUGUGCAGGAGGCUGACAGAUCAAAGAGCCAGAGGUUGUCGCCUGAAUGUUCUUAUCGUAGCCGAGGGCGCAAUCACCAGCGAUGGCAAACCCAUCACAUCCGAUCAGAUCAAAAAGCUCGUGACUGACAGGCUCGGCUUCGACACCCGCACCACUGUUCUUGGACACGUGCAGCGAGGAGGAACGCCCUCUGCCUUYGACAGAAUCUUGGGCAGCAGGAUGGGCGUGGAGGCGGUGAUGGCGCUGCUGGAGGCCACUCCAGAAACUCCUGCCUGUGUGGUCAGCCUGUCGGGGAACCAGGCUGUUCGGCUGCCCCUCAUGGAGUGUGUGCAAGUGACCAAAGAUGUGACUGCRGCCAUGGCUCAGGGUAAAUUUGAAGAAGCCAUCAAACUCAGAGGAAGGAGCUUUGAGAAUACCUGGAACACGUACAAGCUGCUGGCUCACAUAAAUCCCCCUGAUGUUAAGAGCAACAUCAACAUGGCUGUUAUGAACGUGGGAGCUCCCUGCGCCGGUAUGAACGCUGCAGUUCGUGCAACAGUCAGGAUGGGGAUCAUCCAGGGUCACACCAUGUUUGCCAUUCAUGAUGGCUUCGACGGUCUGGCUCACGGACAGACUCUUCCAGGAAAAAUGUUGGAGGAAGUCAGCCAGAACUUGGCCAAGUUCAACAUCCAUGCGUUGGUGAUCAUUGGUGGAUUUGAGGCCUACGUUGGAGGUCUGGAGCUGGUUCAGGCCAGAGAGAAGUACGAGGAGAUGUGCAUUCCCAUGGUGGUCAUCCCCGCCACCGUCUCCAACAACGUUCCCGGCUCCGACUUCAGCAUCGGCACUGACACCGCUCUCAACACCAUUACCUCCACCUGCGACAGAAUCAAGCAGUCUGCAGCUGGGACGAAGCGCCGCGUCUUUAUUGUCGAGACGAUGGGAGGAUACUGCGGCUACUUGGCCACCAUGGCAGGUCUGGCUGCUGGCGCCGAUGCUGCCUACAUCUUUGAGGAGAAGUUCACCAUCAGAGAUCUGGAGGUGAACGUUCAGCAUCUCCUGGAAAAGAUGAAGACRACGGUGAAGAGGGGUUUGGUUCUCAGGAAUGAAAACUGCAGCGCUAACUACAGCACUGACUUCAUCUUCAACCUGUACUCUGAGGAAGGCAGAGGAGUCUUCGACUGCCGCAAGAAUGUCCUCGGACACAUGCAGCAAGGUGGCACUCCGACACCCUUUGACAGAAACUUUGGCACAAAGAUGGGCACCAAGUCUAUCCUGUGGCUGACUGAGAAGCUCAAGCAAUGUUACAGGCACGGUCGUAUCUUUGCAAACACGCCGGACUCUGCCUGCGUUCUGGGCCUGAAGACGAGGUCGCUCACCUUCCUGCCUCUGGUUGACUUGAAGGCAGACACAGACUUUGAGCACCGGAUCCCAAAGACACAGUGGUGGCUGAAAAUCAGGCCCAUCAUGAAGAUUCUGGCCAAGUACGACAUCAAACUGGACACGUCCGAACGCACCGACAUGGAGCAUGUCGUCAACAAGAGGGUACCUGUCAGGAUGUAGGCUCAGCUGGAGCGAACAAAGGAGGUGCCUUCUUCUGUUUCCUGUCCAGUGUCCAAGUGCCUUUUAAUAAAAAAAGUUGCUGACUCUUUCCUGUCAGUGAACGUGACCUUUGUCAAAAAAAAAAAUUUCCCCAUCUGUAUUGGAUCUGUGUUUUUAAAAAGUUGAAAUUAAACUAAAGAUGUUUGCAAAAAUGCUGAAUUGUAGCUGGUUAUGAAGCAGAMUGUGACUCAUAUUUUUUGGAAAAUUAAAAAAGCUGAAAUAAAGUGUUUCUGAUUUGAGAGUUACAUUAUGCUCAUGAAUAUACGUCUGAUAAAUAAAGGACUAUAAAUGUG